GGAUGGAGAAUAUGACCUUCAGUCAAACAGCAUCUAAGUUGUUGGUCAGUGGGGUUCCAAGUUCUCUUCUAACUCCCGUCGGAUUGCUCCUAUUUCAUCCACCGUACUCGUCCAUACAUCCCUGCAUACAUCUGUAUCGCUUCUGUGCACUGUUCAAAGACGAACCAAGGCUACCAUGGGAAACUGGCUGUCAAAUGGGCCAUCACGUUCCAGUGAGGGCCAAUUUGGUGACUUUGCUGAUGAUCGUGCAAAGGAGAACAGAUUAUCUCUUGUUGGGCACACCAGCAAUUAUAUAUCAGCGCUGUCAUCAUAUUCCACUUCUGCCACAUUAUCAACGCCCUGGCCCUCUCACAAUGACGCCAAAGCUGUUUCUUCUCCAUUUCCGACGCGAGCAGAGUAUCUCCGCCAGCCUCUGCGUGCAGAAUCGUUGCAAGAUGCGCUUCAGACGCUUCUCAAUUA